AAACCCGGGCGCGCCUGAGCUCACACGCGCACGCACACACAGACGACCCCGUCGCCUCCUCUCUCCUGGCGCUGCCGAGAAAGCCAGCCCUUCCUUCUCUUCCUGGGGCGCCGAGGUUCAGCAGCUCAGAGAGCAACCUAGAGCCAAUCGAGAAGGCAAGGAAAGCCGGCGGACCAGCCUUCUUUCUCCCCCUCCUGCCCGGACCGAGGCGCCCCAUCCCCCGCCCUGAGCCCCGAUCUCUCCCAUCCCACUCCUCUGUCCUCUGGGUUUCACGUGGACGGAGUCCGGAGCCGGGUGUGCCCCCGUUGGGAAGCCACGUUUCAGCACUUCGGACAGCGCCCGGGCACCCCGGCCCCUUUGGGUUGGCUAUGGCGAGCGUUCAGCAAGGCGAGAAGCAGCUUUUUGAGAAGUUCUGGCGAGGAACCUUUAAAGCUGUGGCCACUCCACGUCCCGAGAGCAUCAUCGUCGCCAGUAUCACAGCCCGUAAGCCACUGCCAAGGACAGACACCCAGAGUAGUCCCAUGGUCCCAGCUCAGGAUGGAGCCUCGGAAAAGCUGAGCCAGCAUCUGGCCACCGAGGCUGUGGGCACCAGCAGCUGGGAGAGAGACAAGGCCUGCCGCGAGCUCAGUCCCGCCAGAGCACACAGUGCCUCCCGAGACAAAGACUUGACACCACCACCCUCCUCCAGGGGGAAGAAGAAAAAGAAGAAAUCCACCAGGAAGAAGAGAAGAAGGUCCCCAUCUUAUAGUCCAUCGCCUGUCAAGAAAAAGAAGAAGAAGAGUUCUAAGAAACAUAAACGCCGCAGGUCAUUCUCUAAGAAGAGAAGGCACAGCUCCUCUAGCCCAAAAAGCAAAAGAAGAGAAGAGAAGAGGCACAAAAAACAAUCUCGAAGCCGGCCCCGAAAGUCUCACCGCCGCCGCCGCCACCGCUGCCCCUCCCGGUCCCAGAGCUCCGAAUCCCGCUCCUCAAGCUGCGGGAGCAGGCACCGCGGCCGGUCCCCCGAGGAAAGGCGGAAGUCCCGCCGAAGGCACUCUGCCCGCUGCCCCAAGACCCUCUGCACGGCCAGCCCCGAGGCCCGGUCCAGCCACCUGCCCAGCCGGCCCCUCCAGCUCAGCUGCCUGGCAUCCAGGAGCGUAAUCACUGGGUCGGGGUCUGCUGACCUCUUUACCAAAACAGCCAGCCCGCUUGCCACCUCUCGAGGACGCUCCCAGGAGUAUGACUCAGGCAACGACACUUCCUCGCCACCCUCCACGCAAAUCAGCUCAGCCAGGUCGCGGGGUCAGGAGAAGGGGAGCCCCACUGGGGGCCUAAGCAAGAGCCGGGAACUCCACAGUGGCAACACCUCUGAUUCAGGGAACUCCUUCACCACCUCUUCACCCCAGAACAAGGGGGCCGCUUUGGAGAAUCUCUCCCCCACCAGCAGGGGCAGAGAGUCAAGAGGAUUUCAGUCUCCUUGUCUGGAGUGCGCUGAGGUGAAGAAGUCCGGUUUUGUCCCAUCCACAGCCCGGAGCUCCCCGAGAGAAUGCUCCCGCAGCUCCUCCUAUGCCAGCACCCAUUCCUCCAGUCACUCCUCCCGAUCCCCACAUCUCAGAGCCUCCCCCAGGUACACUCGAAGUCGAUCCACCUCCUCUGGAAAAAGGUCUUACUCCCGCUCUCCCAGCUAUUCCUCCAAAUCUGGCAAGAGGAGCCCGCCUAGCAGAAGCUCGCGAUCUCGCCGCAGCCCCAGCUACUCGCGCUACAGCCCCAGCAGGGAGCGAGACCCUAAGUACAGCGAGAAGGACUCGCAGCAGCGGGAGCGCGAACGAGCGCGUCGGAGACGUCGGUCCUAUUCUCCCAUGAGGAAGCGCCGGAGAGACUCCCCCAGCCACCUGGAGGCGCGGAGGAUCACCAGUGCCCGGAAACGCCCCAUCCCCUACUACCGGCCCAGCCCCUCUUCCUCCAGCGGCCUCAGCACCUCCUCCUGGUACAGCAGCAGCAGCAGCCGCUCAGCCAGCCGCAGCUACUCGCGGAGCCGCAGCCUCAGCCGCAGCCGCAGCCGCAGCCGCAGCCGCAGCCGCAGCCGGAGCAGGACCCGCUCGAACAGCAGCACCAGCUCGCGCAGCCCCAGCCUGGGCUCCCGGAGCCGGAGCCCGAGCUACAGCUCCGCAGACAGCUACUCAAGCACGAGGCGCUAAGCAGGGGCCUCCCUGAGCCAGUGUCCACAGGGGCCCCUUUUACUUUGCCAGCCUCCCCCGCGCCCUGCCCACCCUGCCUUCUCCCUGGUGAUGACGUUGAGGCUACCUGGACCCUGUCCUUCCUUCCUGCUCUCCUGGGGAGGAAGAAAAGAGGGUUU